CUCCAGUAAUUUUUUGAUCGAGCCGAUUACGCUUCAGACGCGGCGGUCCAGAGCGCACGCAGCCUCGGGCUCCGUUUCGCCGCAUGGUGGGUGCAUCCGGUGCCCGGGCCUUUGCGUGCGCAGCCAUCAUCGGCUGUGCCUCCGCCGCGGGCAGCGCGGCACGACCGGACGCGCCGCACGGUGCGUGGCCCCAGCAGCAGCCCGCGGCGCGGCGGGUGUCCGGCUCGUUCGACAGCGUGACGCUGAGCUCCUACGUGCUGCUGGAGCCGCCGCCGGGCGCAGCGGCCGUUGCCGACACGGGCCGUGCCGCUGGGCGCGGCCUGUUGGGCGCACCGCUGCUGCGGAGCAGGGCGCUGCGGGGCGCGGCGGUGCUGGGUGCCUCGGUGGUGGUCGUGCGCCCGCUGGUGCUGCCCAGGGCGGAACCGCAGCACGGAGCCCCGCCCGCCGAGCGCGAGCGGCCACCCAGCGCUGAGGUCCCCGCCAGCGCCGCUGCGCGCAGCGGCCCCGCGCCAGCGCCUCUAGGGAGCCGCGAUGCUGCGGCCGCAGAGGGCGCGAGGCCGCGCAGCGCGCCGAGCACGGCGCAAAUCGUGGCCGGUGCAGCCGCCGCGGCCGGCGUCGCCGUGAGCCUUGCCGCGACGGCCGCGCGCCGCCGGCGCCGCCGCGGCGCACCGGUGCCCAGAGGCCGCCGCCAGGCGGGUGCUCGGGCGCCCAGCAAGGCCUUCGGUUCGGGCGAUAGUUCGGGGCCGCCUACCCCGCCGACAAGACCGAGUUCGACAGCCGACCUGGACGAGACGCCGCAGAACUCGACGCCGAACUCGACCUCGUCGCCCGAUCUGGACGAGACGCUGCAGAACUCGCGUCCGCGCUCGUCGAGUGCGGCUCGCGCUGCCGGUGCCGCUCCCGAGCUCGACACCGAUUUCGACACCCAGCUGGAGGGGGCACUGCAGCACGGCUGGAAGAGGACGACCAGCUGGAGGGUGGAGCAGGGUCGCUGGCAGCCGCACAUGUUCCGCAUGAGCACCUGCGAGGCCGAGGCUGGGGCCGUCGGGGAGCAGUCGCCGAGCGGGGACGGUGCCGCCGAGAGGCAGCACUCGCUGUACGAGGAGCCCAUCGGCGAGGUCCCGCCACCCACGCCGCGCAUGUUCCGCAUCAGCACCUGCGAGGCCGAGACCAGGGCUUCCGUGGAGCGGGCGCUCGACGGGGACGGUGCCGCCGAGAGGCAGCACUCGCUGUUCGGGUAGCCCAUCAGCGAGGUCCCGCCACCCACGCCGCGCACUUUCCGCGUCUCGAGGAAAAGAAAGCGGCGCCUGAUCAUGAAUUGUCGGAGCUUGGCGCGCGCAGAUCCAAGGAUCCGCGCGGACCUCCGAACGUUCAACGUUUAUGCUGUUUUUUUCCUCCAGCAUCAGUACCCGUGAGGCCGAGGCCAGGGCUUCCGCGCUUCCGUGGAGCGGCCGCUCGACGGGGACGGGGGCGCCGAGAGACCGCACUCGCCGCUCGGGCAGCAGGACGCCGCAGCCGCUCCCCUGGCCUUUCGCUGGCGACCGCCUCGGCACCGCCCUGGACGUUGCAUCUUCGGGGAGGUCUCGCCUGUCCCCCCAAAUUGCCGGACUGUGGUGUGCCCGGCGCGGGCUCGAUUCCGACAUGGAUUCGACGCGGAUUCGACGCGGAUAGGGGCACAGCGGAACAGACCAGGCCCCCCGGCGAUGCAACACAAC